AUGGCUACCCGGCGAACGUCCGGCAGAGCGCGUCCGGCCAAACGCUACACAAAUGAUGCAUUUGACGGUCUAGAUUUUGACGAUGAGGCUACGGGCAGCGAGAUUUUUGCUCAUGAAGAAGACUCAGGCGAAGAUGAUGACUUUGACGCAGCAGCAGCAGAAGACGAGCCUGACGUUGAGGAGGACGUCUCCGAAGGCGCUGCCUCUGGGGAGGAGGAAGAUGGUUAUGGCGAAGAUAUGCUGAGCGAUGACGAUAUCAUUGGACCAGAGAACGACCGUCCCGCUCGCAAACAGAAAAGAAAAGGCGGCAAGCCGGUCAAGCCCGGUUUCAUACAGCGGGCCGAAGCAUCUUCUUUCAAAACCGGCAGCUUCAGUUUGCUGGCCUCACGAGCUCACGACCACAAGGAAUCUGAAAUCAAGGUUUCUUCCAGAGGUGUUCCGGAAAUGUACCACAACACCGAUGGCAUGAUGAGCCUGUGCUACCAAGCCGACGAGUAA